ACACGAACCUGAUCCCGAGUACCGAACUAUAUAAAAACCCCUUAUCCAUCACUGAUUUUCUCUCUACAAAAACUACUCGACAUGUCUCUUGUAAUCGAACACCUCCUACCUAUUUUCUUAUUUAAAACAGGUAGAUUCCUAUAGUCAUGAAUACUUUCGCUUCUCCAUUCGAACAAGGGAAGAAGAUCAUGGAAAAAUUGGAUAUUUUCAAGGUCCAAGGAAGGGACAAGCGUGGCCGAAAAAUUCUCCGUAUCAUUGGAGAGUUCUUCCCUGCACGAAAUGUGAGUAGCGAGGCUCUGAAGAAGUAUUUGGAGGAGAAGAUCUUCCCUCAAUUGGAAGGCCGGCCGUUCUCGGUGGUCUACGUGCACACGAACGUGCAGAGGAGCGUGAAUUUCCCCGGUAUUUCAACCCUAAGAUCGGUAUACGAGGCGAUUCCGAUCAACGUCAAGGAGAAUCUCCAGGCGGUUUACUUUGUUCAUCCAGGUCUUCAGGCCAGGCUUUUCCUCGCCACCUUUGGUCGUUUUCUCUUCAGCGGAGGGUUGUACGGGAAGCUAAAAUACGUGAGGAGGCUGGAUUAUCUGUGGGAGCACGUGCGGAGGAACGAAAUUGAGAUACCAGAGUUCGUGUACGAUCAUGAUGAGGAGCUGGAGUACCGUCCGAUGAUGGACUAUGGGUUGGAAAGCGAUCAUCCAAGGGUGUACGGUGCGCCAACGGUGGGGUCUCCCGUUUCUAUGUAUUCCAUGAGGUGUAUAUCCUAGGGCUUUUACUAGUUACUGACAGCGACGGUGAGGUGGUGGUCUCUAGGAUGCGCGGGGUUGUUAGUUUGGGUUCUCCUAGUUUCUCCAUCUUUUUUCUCGGGAGUUUGGAGUUUUCAUAUUAUGUGUAUAAGAUAAUCAUUUUGUAAAAUAUAGAUGCCCUUUUUGGGAAUUUUGGAAAAGAAAAGGGCAACGAAAGCGUUGGAGCUGCGCGAUUUGCGUGAAGUGUGAUAUAUUGGCACCUUGGCUGUUUCAUAAUGGAUGGGAGUUAGGGUAGGAAGUUGUAAGUAAGAGACAUCUGCUAUUCUAUGGGCAAUGUAUAUAAUUAUUAUUAUUUUUAAUUUUUUGGGUAAAUGGCAAUGCAUAUUGAGUGUUGAAUUUGGAA